UUCGUACAUGGACGGUUGUUGGAGUCGGCGGCUCUCCUAGGGUUCCCUCAUCUGGGAUCCCUAGGAAGAGGAUCAAGUUGGCCCUUGCGAACAACUUGAUAAGGGUAUUAUUUAAUAUAUUAUUUUAAAAUAAUAACAAAAUGGGAAAAAACUGGAGAGAGAUGAGCCCUUCCACCGGAGAUGGAUCCGACGAACAUUAGGAGACGUUGGUGGAGGCGGCGCUCCGAGUGCUGAACACCGCCGACCCAUUACAGAAGGCUCGUCUCGGCGACGAAGUGGCCACGAGAUGGAUGCAGGCCCUCAUCGCUCGACCCUACAACCCCCCCGCGGACCUCAUCGUUCCUGAUCGCCCUGCCAGGCUUACCAACGUGAAGCUUGUUUGCCCCAGUCUCAUGCCGAAGCUCGGCAAAGCCGGAAGCUUGCAGAGCAGACAGGCCAUUGUGCAUAAUCUUGUCAACACCGAAAGCUGGGCCAUUGACUUGUCUUGGGAUAUAAUUGCGUCCUUUGGGAAGCAAGAGGCAAUGCCAAGAGAGUUCAUUACAGAUUUUGUGAAGGUGGCUCAGGACGAAGGUCGGCAUUUCACCCUCCUCGCAUGGCUCGAGGAACUGGAUUCUUUCUAUGGAGCAUUGCCAGCCCACGACGGUCUUUGGGACUCCGCCACUGCCACUUCCAAGGACCUCUUGGCGCGGUUGGCAAUUGAGCAUUGUGUCCACGAGGCUAUAGGACUGGAUGUGCUGCCCACAACAAUAUCUCGAUUUCGCAAUGGAGGUGAUAAUGAGACAGCAGAUUUACUGGAGAAGGUGGUUUAUCCGGAAGAGAUUACUCAUUGUGCUGCUGGAGUAAAAUGGUUCCAUCAUCUAUGCUUGAGGUCUAGAAAUCCAGAAUUGUACGGGAUCAAAUGGGCGACUAGAGAUGCUACGUUGGCAGCUGAGGAGCUCGAAGAGGUAAUUCGGAAGUUUAAUGCUGUAGUGAGAACACAUUUCAGGGGGCCACUGAAGCCCCCUUUCAACGAGGUCGCGAGGAAGGCAGCUGGUUUUGAUCCUCAAUGGUAUGAACCCCUGGCUGUCAAGGAAGCCAUCCCAGGGUCGCACAGAGAAGCCUGAUUCAUUGUCUGCUGCAGCAAAUGUGUUCAUUUGUGUUGAAGACUCACAAGACAGCGAAGUUUUUUGAUAAUAGAUGCUAAUUCUGCGUUAGGCCAUGGCUAGGGGGUGAAAUUCUUGAAUUGUUUUGCUUGAUUACAGAGGGUGCUUGGUAUGGAACUUGGGAGCCCUAAAUGCAAACAGCCCUGAAGUUUUACCGCAUUGUCCAAAAUGCGAGUGGUUUUCAAAACACCAUGUGCAGAAAUUGAACAUUUUCAAUAUAUUCUGAUGAAGUUCAAACCAGCCUUCAGCAUGCGAUAGCUUCAUAGUGGGAAGGUUACAUUGCCACCUAUAUGAUUCAAGUCUCUAGAAAUCGGGCGUGUUUUGAUUUAAGUUAUUAUGAAGAUCCAAAUAUUGACUUGGGAUCUCAAUUAGGGAAUUGGGUUUAGAUCCACAUUGAACCAUCUAAAUUCUGAAAA